AACAGAGCAUCAAAUGGAACUUGUGGCUGUAUGUAGAGGCAUUCCUUGCCAUGCUGAUAAUGUUUUGUACUUUACUCGGUUAGCUGUAAUCAUAUGGUUUGUCAUAUACGGGUUGUGUUUGUCUAAAAUUACGGUUAGCUGGUUUUUGCGUUGGUGAACAACUGGAUUAUAUGCUCAGAAUGGAAUUUACUUACAACUUUGGGAUGUUUCAAAUACAUUUAUACUGAUAGAUUUGCUACAAUUCUAUCAGGAAUACUUUACUAUACUGUUGAAUAAAGUAAGAGAAAUACAUGGUUUUGGUUUUCUUCCAGGAUGUUCUCAUUUGAAGCUAAAUUAUCUAUGAUUUACUUAUGUUCUGCAAGGGUAAUGUGGCCUCCUUUGAUUUGCGCUGAAGAGGGUUUGCUACCUUCUCAGUUGAUUCUGAUUUGGUUGCUAAUGCUGGAAAGUCUGCUUAGUAUGCCUUUCAUAUUGUUGAGAAUCUAUGAGAACGCACUUCCGUAAUAAUUAUGAAUUAGUUUUAAAAUUUUACUGAGUUUGAGUUGGUUUUCAGUGGGUACAUAAAGAUAUUGUUCAUAUCAAUGUAAUUGAGACGAGGAAAAUUAAUUAAUAUUUCAGAGAUUAGUUAUAGCUAGCUGAUCACCGUCUUGUCAAAGAUUAAGGCUUUUAGAUUAAUUUUGCAAUUCUCUUGGAAGACAAUCUUGUUUGUCAAGGAAGAAAGUGCUGCAGAAAAAAGUUAUAAAGGCAUUGUGAUGUACUGUAUAAAUGUAUAAUGGUACUUUGAGGAUAAUAUCAGUAUAGAACCCAAAGAAUCUGCAAUUGCUGCUUUUGGUUUUGAAAUGAGUAGAAUGAAGAGAGGACCAAUCCCAAUUGACUUCCUUAAGCCACUUUGGUGCGGUCCUCCUGCAGAUAGGCAUACCGCGUAUGUAUAUCCAAAUCCAAAUCCAAAAUGAUUUCUUCCUAGGUCUACCAAGAAGGCAAUGUUAUUUUCACCCAAGUACGUACUGCUCUUUGAUCUUAGUUCUUGAUGUCUGUGUCCUGUAGUUGACAGUUGUGUAGUAUCUUACUUAUGCAUUGAGUUUAGAUUUUAUCAUCUGAAACAAGUAUACGACAACUAUGUUACUCGGACACUUAAUUCAUCAUUGUAAGAGAAUUCACAAACUAUGAAACAGAGUGAAAAUCAAGAGUAGCAUAUGAGAAGAGGUAAGGAAGUGAAACAUUUAGUUUGGUAUGUUUAAAAAUAUGUAUAUUGUACGAGGUGAGAAGAAUAUAUUCUAAGGAAUCUAAACAGAGUGUGGCAAUUGACAAGGAAAUUCACCAAUUGAGGCAAAUGGAAGAAGGUUCUCCAAAGAAAAAGUAAAAAAGAAAAAAGUGUGGGUUAAUUAAAAUAUUUACUGAAAUAGUAAGCAGCUGUAAACCCAGAAAUGGGAAGUUGUGGACCAGUACACUCACUUUCAACAAGAGAGGGUAAUGGGAAUGGCUUGGGGGUGGGUAAUGGGGCAGAACAUGGGAGCUCUUUUCUUUUUUUAAAUCAAAAUUGUCACAAAUACCUUGUUAAUUUGCUGAAUUCUGCUUAUUUAUUUAUUUUUGUAUUCCUUAACCGUCGUCUCUGCAACAUCUUCCACUCACUCUCAAAAGCAAGCAUGCUUCUUCACAAUUUAAAAGGUCGGUUUUUGUGGCUUUUUUUUAUAUUCAUUCUUCCCACUAACCUUAAUCUUAACCUUGUGUUUUUCUUCACAAACUAACUUACCCACAUUUUUUGUUUCUAUAUAUAUACACUCAUAUACAUACGCUGUAUGUAGUAAUAACAUACAUGCUUAUAUUUGGUGCUUCUCAGCCUUUCAGGUAUUCUGUAUCUUUUCUUCUUUUCACCCAAUUACACUCUCCAACUUGCCUUCUUCUCUCUUUUUUAACAACCACGUCCUUACCAAAACUUUAGCCAAUUUCCUUGUUUGUUUGUUGUUGUUGUUCUAACUGCAUUUUACUCUGUUUUUUGAUGGGGAAACUCCAUCUGACAUUUCUAUUUCUACAUACUCUUUUUGCCAUCAAUGCAUGCCUUUUUCCUGCCUCCCAAGCUAGACACCAUAGGCACACUUACAAACGACACAUGCAUGGACAUUAUAUUUCUCCCCCUAAUUCCGGAAUUUCCCUGCCCCCUUCUUCUCAGCCUGAUAACCCUGCAGCUGACCCUCCUGCCUACGCUCCUCGCGGAGUUUUUGAUGUUAGGACUUUUGGAGCCAUAGGGGAUGGUGUUUCUGAUGAUACGGAGGCCUUUAAGGCAGCUUGGGAUGCUGCUUGUAGUAGUGCUGAUAAUUCUGAGUCUACUGCAUUACAUGCUCCUAGUGGCCAUACCUUCAUGAUUCAGUCUACCAUCUUCUCUGGCCCUUGUCAAAGUGACGUUAUUUUUCAGAUUGAUGGGUCAGUUGUGCCACCGGAUGGGCCCGAGCAAUGGCCAAAGAAUACUAGUAAGCAUCAGUGGUUGGUGUUCUACAAAGUUGGAGGAAUGUCACUCCAAGGGGGAGGCCGUAUAGAUGGAAGGGGAGGAAAAUGGUGGGAGCUCCCCUGCAAGCCUCACAGGGGACCUAAUGGAACCACACUGCCUGGUCCUUGUGAUAGUCCUAUCGCCAUCAGAUUCUUUGAGAGUUCCAACUUGACAGUCAAAGGACUCCAAAUCCAAAACAGUCCACAAUUCCACUUCAGAUUUGAUGUUUGCCACAAUGUCCACAUAGAGUCAAUUCAUAUAACAUCUCCGGCUUUAAGUCCUAACACUGAUGGAAUUCACAUUGAAAAUACCAACAAUGUCCAGAUUUAUAAUUCCUUCAUUUCCAAUGGCGAUGACUGUGUCUCAAUUGGCUCUGGUUGCUUCGAUGUAGACAUCAGAAACAUCACCUGUGGACAUGGUCAUGGAAUCAGUAUUGGAAGCUUGGGGAACCACAAUUCAAGGGCUUGUGUACACAAUGUGACUGUCAGAGACUCGCUGAUGAGAGAAACCAGCAAUGGAGUGAGGAUCAAGACUUGGCAAGGAGGCUCAGGCGCUGUCUCAGGGGUGACAUUUGAUAACAUACGUAUGGACUCUGUGAGGAACCCCAUCAUAAUUGACCAGUACUAUUGCUCCGGAAAAGGUUGCAACAACCAAACCACAGCUGUCUUAGUGACUGACAUUGUUUAUUCCAGUCUGAAGGGCACGUAUGAUGUUAGGAGCCCUCCUAUGCACUUUGGUUGCAGUGACGCAGUCCCUUGCUCCAACAUUACCUUGUCAGAUAUUGAGCUACUCCCAGCUGUUGGGGAAAUGGUGUUGGACCCCUUCUGUUGGAAUGCUUAUGGAAGCUUAGAGUCGCUCACUAUUCCUCCCGUAUUCUGCUUGCAAGAGGGUAUCCCGCCUCAACCUAUCUUGGAAAGUAGUAUUGAUCAUUGCUGAGUUGAUCAGCAUCUAGUAUGCAAUGUAUAUACAUUUGUAGAAGAAUUGAUUUGGUGUGUCAAUUGUGGUGCGGCCGAGUUUCUAUUCAAGGAGAAGCAUAUUUAAGUCUUCUCCUGAUGUAAUAGUAUUAGAGGUUUUCUAGUAUGCAAUUGUGAGGCUUUAAUCUCACUUUUA